AUAACUUUUAAUUCACAAACUUUUACAAACAUUCAUAAUGCCUUUCCUCUCAGUUCAACCUAAAAUCAUCAUUGCGGGUGCAGGGAUUGGCGGAUUGACAACUGCGCUCGCACUUCAUGCCACAGGGUUCACGAAUAUAAAUCUUUAUGAAUCAGCAUCACACCUUACUACCCUAGGCGUCGGAAUAAACGUUCAACCAUCGGCAGUUUUGAUUCUUCGCAAUCUGGGGCUACUUGAUGCUCUAGAGAAAACCGCGAUACAAACAAAAGAGCUGAACUUUUACAACCGCCAUGGCGACGCUAUAUUGUCGGAACCAAGAGGUGUGAGUGCAGGUUAUACAGUCCCACAGUUCUCAAUUCAUCGCGGGGAAUUCCAGAUGGUUCUUCUUAGUGCUGUGAAGGAAAGACUGGGCGAAGAAUGUAUUCAUCUCGAUGCAGCCUUGGUGGGCUUUACCGAUCUGGAGCAAUCAAUAAUGGCGCAGUUCUCAUCACGGCAUUCUACCAUUGUCCAGGAAGUUGAAGGCGACAUUCUCAUCGCAGCGGAUGGCAUCAACUCAACAGCAAGAAGGAUUCUGUAUCCCAAGGAAGGCCCGCCUCGCUUCUCUGGCCGCAUCUUGUGGCGAGGCUGCCUCGAGCGUCCUCCCUACUUGACUGGUGCCAGUAUGGUCUGGGCUGGGCACGCAGAUCAAAAGUUCAUUGCUUAUCCAAUCUCACAGCGAUCUGCAGAAAAAGGCAAAAGUUUAGUCAACUGGAUUGCAGAACUCAGGGUGCGCAGUAACGAGGAGUUGCAACAAGACACAACACCACCAAAAACAGACUGGACCAAGACCGUUGAUAAAAGUUUAUUCAAAGGCCCUUUCGAAAGUUGGAGGUGUGGAGGUUUAGAGAUGAAAGACUUGAUCGAGAGUACAGAUCAGGUUUUUGAAUUCCCUAUGAGUGACCGUGAUCCAGUGGAUCGCUGGAGUUUUGGACGAUUAACCCUACUUGGCGAUGCGGCUCAUGCGAUGUAUCCAAUUGGCUCUAACGGUGCAUCGCAAGCAAUUAUAGAUGCAGAGACUCUGGCUAAGCACCUAUCACAAUCACCAACGGAUCCCGUAUCGGCCCUUCAGAAGUACCAAGAUGACAGACUCCCACCCACCACGAAAAUAGUAAUGGCGAAUCGCGCAAAUGGCCCCGACCAUGUCCUACAACUAGCUGAGGAAAGAGCGCCUGAUGGGUUUACCAAUAUUUACGAUGUCAUUCCUCAAGCUGAAUUAGAGGAUGUUGGACGUGUCUACAAGGCGGUGGCUGGGUUCGAAAGGGAGGCAGUGAAUGAAAAAGCACAGAAGACUACAGGUAUUGCAGAGAGGAACAAUCUAAAAAGCCCUGCAGAGUGGAUAUAGGGACUCACAUUGAAAAUUGGGAAGGCAGAUUAGUGAUACCUGUUGCAUUGCC